GAGGUUCAGCUUCUCUCACGCCGCCGCCUGCUGGAUUUGAGCUUCCGUCUCCGCAGGUCACCGGCAUGCCCGACAACGUGCUCCGCGCACUGCAGCCAUGCCAGCCAAGCGCGCAUGCCCGGUCUUGGAUGGCCCGUGCGCCCAAGCGUGCGACGAGGAGACCAGAGAACUGCUGGCCCUCCCGGUGCGACGAAGGAGGCCCGCGUGGUGUUCCAACUGGAGAAAUACCUUCUCUGAUGUGCGUGCACCACAUUAAUUUGGACUCGCUGCUCCGGGCUAUGAAGCCAUUUCCGUUAACCUAGCUGCUUGUUAGUGACUUUUUUUUCAUGUAAUCCCGGGUUGUAUUUGGGGGCACUCUCUUUUGAUCAAAUAAAGUCAAGAGCAAUCUGGUUUACUGUUCUCUUGAAUAUGAGGAGGAUCGGCAUAUUGAUCAGAUGAGGAGCAAAACCUCACCUGAUCAAUAAAGUCAAGUGGCCAAUCCCUUGCAUUUCUCUUGAAUAUGAGACCACCGGCCCGGAGAUAUGGGCUUGGGCAGGUUGACAUCUUUGUCAUGGGGAUCGGCAGUGGCGGUACUGUCACCGGCGUCGGCAAGUACCUCAAGGAGAAGAACCCCAAUGCGAAGAUCUAUGGAGUUGAAGCAAAUAUUCUGAAUGGUGGCAAGCCAGGUAGCCUAUCGGGCUUUCUGUAAAUGAUGGUAGUCUUCUUUUAGUUUCUAUACUCAUGCUGCUAACAGAACCUAUCUGCAGGGCCUCACCUAAUCACUGGAAAAUGGAGUGGGAUUAAAGCCAGACAUUUUGGACAUGGACAUAAUGGAGAAGGUUCUUGAGGUGAAAGGCGAGGAUGCCGCCAAGAUGGCGCUGCAAGAGGGCCUGCCUGCUGGAGCCAGCACGGUGGCAGCGAUUGAACUCGCAAAGAGGCCUGAAAACAGAGGGAAGCUCAUCGUGUCUGUUCAUCCGAGCGCGGGAGAUCGAUACUUACCGUCGGCGCUGUUCGAGGGUCCGAGGAAGGAGGCUGAGGCUAUGCAGCCAGCGCCAGUGGACUAAAACCUGGAGCUAUAUAACGCAUACAGAAUAAAUCCACUGGCUACCAUGUUGCGCAAUUGUAGUUGUACCUCAUUCGCAGUUCUUGAGUUUGUUCCUUCAUUCACGUGGACCUCGUGUAAGCAAAAGUUGAAAUGGUUGGAAAAGAAGGGAUGUACUCCCUCCGUAAAGAAAUGUAAGAGUGUUUAGAUCGCUACUUUAGCGACCUAAACGCUCUUAUAUUUCUUCACAGAGGGAGUGAUGUACAUAUGUUUGA